AUGGGAGUGGCCGCACCUGACCUCCUGGACCCGAAGUCUGCUGCCAACAACUGCAAACCGCGCCUGUCCUUCUCCUCCAACCCAGUGGUGCUGACCCCCCCAGAAGACGACGAUGAGUGUGAAACCAGGAUCAGCGUCAUGAGGUGGAAAACCGUGUCAGCCAUCUUCUUCUUGGUGGUGCUUUACCUCAUCAUCGGGGCCACCGUGUUCAAAGCCCUGGAGCAGCCGGAGGAGGACCUGCAGAAAGUGGCCAUCCUGGAAAAGAAGCUUCGUUUCCUCACUGAGCACUCCUGCGUCAACACCACGGAGCUGGAGAUCCUGGUCAAGGAUUCUGCUCCUCUGCCUGUGAGCCCGCCUCCUCCUCCCUCACCUGCCUCCUCCCUCACCUGCCUCCUCCUCCCUCACCUGCCUCCUCCCUCACCUGCCACCUCCUCCCUCACCUGCCACAUCCUCCCUCACCUGCCUCCUCCCUCACCUGCCUCCUCCUCCCUCACCCGCCUUCUCUUCCCUCACCCGCCUCCUCCUCCCUCACCUGCCUCCUCCUCCCUCACCUGCCUCCUCCUCCCUCACCUGCCUCCUCCUCCCUCACCCGCCUUCUCUUCCCUCACCCGCCUCCUCCUCCCUCACCUGCCUCCUCCUCCCUCACCUGCCUCCUCCUCCCUCACCCGCCUUCUCUUCCCUCACCCGCCUCCUCCUCCCUCACCCGCCUUCUCCUCCCUCACCCGCCUCCUCCUCCCUCACCCGCCUCCCCUUCCCUCACCCGCCUUCUCUUCCCUCACCCGCCUCCUCCUCCCUCACCCGCCUUCUCUUCCCUCACCCGCCUCCUCCUCCCUCACCCGCCUCCUCCUCCCUCACCCGCCUCCCCUUCCCUCAACCGCCUUCUCUUCCCUCACCCGCCUCCUCCUCCCUCACCCCGCCUCCUCCUCCCUCCCCGCCUCCCCUUCCCUCAACCGCCUUCUCUUCCCUCACCUGCCUCCUGCUCCCUCACCUGCCUCCUGCUCCCUCACCCGCCUCCUUCUCCCUCACCCGCCUCCUCCUCCCUCACCCGCCUUCUCUUCCCUCACCCGCCUUCUCUUCCCUCACCCGCCUCCUCCUCCCUCACCCGCCUUCCCUUCCCUCACCCGCCUCCUCCUCCCUCACCUGCCUCCUCCUCCCUCACCCGCCUUCUCUUCCCUCACCCGCCUCCUGCUCCCUCACCCCGCCUUCCCUUCCCUCACCCGCCUCCUCCUCCCUCACCUGCCUCCUCCUCCCUCACCCGCCUUCUCUUCCCUCACCUGCCUCCUGCUCCCUCCACCCGCCUCCUUCUCCCUCACCCGCCUUCCCUUCCCUCACCCGCCUCCUCCUCCCUCACCAGCCUCCUCCUCCCUCACCCGCCUUCUCUUCCCUCACCUGCCUCCUGCUCCCUCACCCGCCUCCUUCUCCCUCACCCGCCUCCUCCUCCCUCACCCGCCUUCUCUUCCCUCACCCGCCUCCCCUUCCCUCACCCGCCUCCUCCUCCCUCACCCGCCUUCCCUUCCCUCACCCGCCUCCUCCUCCCUCACCCGCCUUCCCCCGCUUGCGCAGUGA